CGUAGUAAAGGGAGGUCGAACCCGUAUACCCUAUCUCUUACAUCGCCACAGUAGUGCCUGCAUUUCCUCUCUACAGCUAUACAGCGUACGUAGUGUAUUGUAGAUAUACCAUAAACGCAAACACACACACGCACACUGUAUUCACGUUGCCACUGUCAUGACGGGCCAAGUACACGCCGUCACAAGUUCGGAAGUACACGUUCCAGAGCUUCCCGUCAAACCCAUGUUGCGUGGUGUGCCGAGAGGAAUUAGUCAAUGCACGCAAGUAACAGAGUUUAGCGACGAUGGAGUCGCCGUAUCGGAAAGCGAGAGCUCGGAAGACGAGCACGCGGACGAAGACGAAGUGGAAAAGACAUCGGAAGUCACUCGCAGUAGUUCGACUCGGAUGAUGGCUGCAUGUACAUUAGGAGUAGUAGAUGAGCGAUCGGAUUCUUCCUCUACGAAAGAGUCGGAAAAGCGGGUUUCGCCCGUACCGGGAAGGCUCGAUUCAACAAACCAGGGUUCCAGAUCCAUCCGCUCUGAUCCCCCCAAGCCCUGUUUGAAACCCUACUCUCCGCAAGAGAUUCCUGUUCUUACCAAGAACAAACGAUGUGCUUGGAAGACAUUGCCAAAGCCCAAUCUCGAAGAAAUUCACCAACGGGUACGAACAGCCGCUCCGCGAGUGGAAGCUCGUCCAAGGCACGUAACCUUUCACCAAAUCAUUGUACGUGCCUACGAUCAGUGCAUCGGUGACAACCCCUGCGUUUCGUAUGGACCUCCGAUCAGUUUGGAUUGGGAGUACCAAGAAAUGGAAGCCAUUUCGCUGGACGAAUACGAAACAUCACGACCUCCUCGCCGUAAACCGCGACAACUCAUGCUUAACUACUACGCUCGCCGGAACAUUUUGUCCUUUUGUUUCGGGGCCACCGAAGAUGAACUCAAAAUUGCUUCGAAACUCGCCGACAAAUCGAAACGAGAGCGUAGCAUGACUCGUGCCUUUUUGCCGGCACUUGCCUUGGAGAACAUCGUGGAAUCGGCUAACCGCAAAACAAUGCGCUUUCGAUCCCGACGCAAGGCUGCGGCCGACGUAUAGCCGGUUGUCUCCGCCUCAUUUUUGAUUCUUUCUCCUGGGUUCCCACAAAGCAUGGCAGUCUUGCUGUGCGCUUUUGCCCAAACACCCUUUUGAUGCAUACACUAUCACAAUAACAUAAAUUUCU